AUGACCUCCACUCGCCUUGUUGAUUCCUUCUCCGAUACCGACACUGUUCUCUCUGAUCCACCCACGGAUCUCGAUGAUAUGGCAAGUGGACAGGACAUUGACAGAAUGUCGCUUUCUGGUCGGGGACGAAGCCUGGAGCGCAGGUCCAUUUCCCGCUCAUACCGUUCUGACGACUCCAUGACCGAUGCCUUCGGUAUUGACGACGACUGCAACUGGUAUCCGCAAAAGAAGCCUAGAUUAUCUCGUCACGUCCGCAGCAAGUUCGAAGGUGUGCCAACUGAAAUCCUCAACAAGAUUGUGUCCUUCUUACCCGAUGAUCGAGAUCUCUUCAGCUUAAUGUGUGCCUGUAAGACCUUCGCGCAGGCUUUCAACUCAUCUCAGUCGGCAAUUUGGCGCCAGCGCUUCGAAUCUAUCUUCGAUUGGCCAUUCAUCGAUCACGCGACAGACUUUGCAUCGGCGUAUCAGCUGCGGAAAUUCGUGCUCAAGCAUUUCGUCGAGUUUACCGACCCUGACGACGAAAGGUUACUGAUUCAACUGGAGGUUCUGAGGGAUAUGGUAUUAGAGGCCUACAAUCAACCACCGCAGUACCUUCCUCGGCGGUCGACGUCUCUCAAUCUUGCGGCACUUACAUCUGAUAACUCACCAUGGAUACAAGUGUUUCUGUCCUGUCCUUUCUUCCCGAGUCCUUACGAACGAUACGGUCAAAGAUUUCCAGCUUUCGACGCUCUCUCAGUUUGUUUAUCUCAUCUUCUGUUGUCACCGGCGUCUCGAUUGGCCUACACUGUGAAAUCAUCAAGGACGAACUACGAUCUGGCCAUCGUAUACAAUUGGGAUACUCCCCUAUCUCUUUUAUAUCGCAAACUAGAGAGGCAGAAUGAAAAGGUAACACAGGUCAUGUCCAAGGUGCGCAUUAAACGGUAUGGCGGCAGACUCCACAGACGAUCUCACACUGGCAAUCCGACGUACGAACUCGACACCUAUACGCUCCUUCACAUCCGCAACUUCUGGCACCGUCAUCUAAUCCAAACAGUGAAAGGAUUUGGAUCGACGGAUAUUACCGAGAAUACAUAUGCAAAAAUGGCAAAGGAGUUGAUGCGCUAUGGUAUCACUCCUACGCAGUGGGAUAGGCCUCUUACGGAAGGUUCAUUAUUAGAGAUUCCCACAGAGUGGUACGGACACUAUUCUACGCUAGGUAGUAACUGGCCAAGGAAGCGGCAAGAGCUGGAGGAAGUACAGAGCCUGGCCGAAGACUGGCAGGAGGUUGAUCCUCUGAAACUUGAUUUUGCCAUCUCCCGAGACAACGACGUCGAUGGCUUCUGGUCGCCCAUUUUCAAAAACAUCCCGGCUUUUCAAAAGGCAAUCCCCGAGUCCACCCAGUGCGUAUUCAUCCGAGGCCUCGCGCCCUUUGUCCAGCUAUCAUCUAGCGAUUCUAGGAGAGGACUCGACUCAGCUUCACGACCCGACUUAGCUUCACAAGCUACACUCACGCUUCCCACAGCGCCACGAUUACCCAAAUAUCACCCCUACCUAGCCCUUCGUCUUCGUGGUGUUAUACACUCCAUCCCCCAACCACAGGCAAACGACAAGGUGAAGACAGAUCACAGCAUACCGGGAUUUAACCAUAUUAUUAUGAUCCUCUACAAACCCACCAAAAGGUACCUGAUCCAAGUGCUUGAACAUGCCGAGGAAGAGUACGGCGACACCUUUACUACACAAAUAGUGCAGAAUAGCACAGGUUCGACUCUCGACCCAGCUGAGAUCGACGCUAGGCUCGACCAGUAUCUUCGCUCCAAACUCGUGUCGAACCCUCUCUGGCGAGAUGGCUCUAAGCUCGACAAGGACGCGAUCGAGGAGAUGGAGGAGAAAUUCCGGCUUAGCGAGUAUUUGGACUGGACCGACAUCGACUAUGCCUAUGCGUACAACGGUGCUAUCAUUCCCGGCGGAAAGAUAAUGAUGGGGAGGUUUUAUAGGAUCUCAAUGUUAGGGGACGGCGAUGGCUUGGAAUGGAGCGAUAGUUUGGGGGCGUUGGACGAGGAUGGUGAUGCGGCUGCGGCAGAUGGAGGUGCAUAUGGAGAUCCUAUGGAUCUGGACGAGGUGGGAGGUGGCGAUGGACAAGGACAGAAUGAGGCUGGGAAUCCGAAUUCCGCAUCGGAGAUGACGAGGGAUGCGACGAGUCGGCACAAAAAGCGAGAGCGAGGACCCUUUAUUUUCUGGUGCCGAGAACAAAAACGACAGCAGGAAACGAGAGCACACACGGCCAAGAGUGAAGGCUGA